CUCGCACACGCGCACACACACACACUAACACAUUUUGAUCAUCAAUAGUUUCUUUGUGUCAGGAUAGAAAAGGAUGUUGGUGAGGAGGGUUCUGAAAUGGCAGGCUCGACACAUGCGGGAGAAAUGGCAUGUAUAACUACACAUGACCACUAGUCGGCAGAUGUUACCUACUCCAGAAAUAGACCACUCCAUGCACGAAAAAAGUUCUGAGAGGCACGCCGAAACAGACCGAGUUGUAACAAGAGAGCUUUGAAGGGAGUAACGCGGCUGUUGUACUCUAGAAACUUGUUUGUCGCUACUUAUUGACGAUAAGACUAACUGAAGCAAUGGCUCAAGCGAUGGCAGGUAACCAGGACAUUUUCAUGUGUCCUAUUUGUUUGGAUCUUCUCAACAAUCCGGUGACUCUUAGCUGUGGACAUAAUUACUGUUUGCGCUGUAUUGAUGGCUUCUGGGAUGAGGAAGAUGUGAAGGGCGUCUACAGCUGCCCCCAGUGUCGAAAGGCUUUCCAGCGAAGACCCGUUUUAAGCAAGAACCUUAUUCUUACUGAGCUCAUGGAACAAAUGAGGAAGACUGUAGUGCCAAGCGCACCCCCUCUGGAAUGCCCUGCUGGGCUUGGAGAUGUCGCGUGCGAUGUCUGCUCUGGAAGGAAAUACCAAGCUGUCAAGUCUUGCCUGGAUUGUCUGAUGUCGUACUGUGACACUCAUUUACACGCUCACAACGAACUUGUUGGUAGAAACCACAACAUUAUCGAAGCCACGGAACAUCUAAAGGAGAGGAUUUGCCCCACCCAUAAGAAAAUAAUUGAAAUAUUCUGUCGCACCGACGGGAGUUGCAUCUGUUAUCUCUGUGGGGUAGACGCACAUAAAGACCACGACACGGUCACGGCUACGACAGAGUGUGAUAAUUUAAAGAAGGAGGUGGGCCAGAGCCGGAAGAAAUGGCAGCAGAGGAUCGCUGUGAAGGAGAGGGAGCUGCAAGUGUUGAUAAAGUCUGUGGAGAAUCUCAAGUUUCAUACACAGACUGCUGUGGAAGAGAGCGAGAAGAUGUUCGAUGAGAUGAUUCAGUCCAUUGAGAGACGGCGCAUUGAGGCGAUAGAGCAGCUCAGGGCUCAGGAGGAGAAGGAGAUAGGCCCAGCGCAAAAACACAUGGAGAAACUCGAGCGCGAGAUCGCCAAGCUGAAGAAGACCGAGGUUGACAUAAAGCAGCUCACACAGACACAGGAUGCCAUCCAUUUCCUCAAGAAUUUCUCCCCUGUCCAGGAUCCUCCCGAGUCCAAUGUGCCUGCCAUGAAGCUCAGCAAAAGCCUCUCUUUUCACACCGUGAUGGAUAGUGUCUCUGCACUGAGGGACCAUUUGGUGAUGAUCAUGAACAAACCUGCAUUAGUUCCACAUGUGCAGUCCCUUAUUGCUGAGCCAGUGACCAGAGAGGACUUCUUACAGUAUUCCUGUCACUUCACAAUGGAUCCGAACACAGCAUUCCCACAACUCCACCUGUCAAGGGGCGACAGGAGGGUGGACAGGAAACGUGACAACCACAAAUAUCCUAACCAUCCAGACCGAUUUGAUGGGUGGGGCCAGGUGAUGUGUAGAGAGGGUGUGACUGGCCGCAGCUACUGGGAGAUUCAGAGGAGUGGGUUCGUGGACAUAGCAGUGGCGUACAAGAACAUCAGCAGGAAAGGACAAGGUGAUGAGUGUGGGUUUGGAUGCAAUGAACAGUCCUGGAGUUUCGUCAUCAACAACAAAUGUUCUUUCUCACACAAUAAGGAAAUAACUAAACUUUACUCAAUUAGCGACUCCAAAAUAGGAGUUUAUGUUGAUCACAAGGUGGGAACUCUGGCCUUCUACGGCAUUAGUGAUGAUAAUUCAAUGAGUCUUCUGCACAGCAUCCAAACUAAUUUCACAAGUGCACUCUACGCUGGGUUUUGGUUAGAUACUGGCUCAGCACUAGCGAUUUUGUGAGAACUCUACAUGUAAAUUGCUGCAUCUGUGGUUCAUUCAGUGCAAGCACACACACACACACACACACACACACACACACACACACACACACACACACACACACACACUAGUACCACGACUACUAGUCGGCAGAUGUUUCCUACUCCAUAAAUAGACCACUCCAUGCCCAAACGCACACUGAAUGUGUGCAUAGUAUACACAUGAACACAAAAAAAAUAAUAUAUCAUAUAUUUUUUUAACAUAUAGUAUUUUUAG